AGCUCAGCGUGUAGUAACGGCCGCUACGGCGUCUCAGUAUUUUGAUCUGGCUCACUCUUGCUACAGUUUCAACUCGAAGAUAUGUCUAGAAACGAAACGCUUGUAGAAAAGGCUCAAGACGAGCUCACCACCCUUGCAGACAAGAAUGUAGACUCAACAGACUCAGAUCUGCGCUACAUGGCUUACGGUGCUCGUCUGCGAACCGCACUCCGAGCAAGCACCCGGUACAUUGCAUAUACCAGUGAUGUUGGCGAGGCCUUUCGACCUGUCGUUCACCCAAGUAUAGUCACUGCGGCGUACGGUAUUUCCUGGGUUUACCUUGCUGGUGAUGUAGGCUAUGAAGCUUACAAAGCUCACAGAAGAGGCCCAAGUCCCCUAGAAGCCGCCCAUUUUUCCGAGCCCACGAGAAUAGGUAUGGUAGGUGUCAAACGUGCGAUCUUCCAAUCCAUAGCGUCAAUGGCUCUCCCAGCUUUCACGAUACAUACCGCAGUCAAACAGGCGCGUAAGGCGUUCGCAAACGUCAAGAAUACUCGUGUCAAAACGUGGGGACCAACUUUCACCGGUCUUGCGAUUGUACCUGUCUUGCCCUAUCUAUUCGACCAUCCUGUAGAACAAGUGACCGAUAAGGCAUUUGAGUGGAUAGAAAAACAAGUUAUGGAACGGGAUUCUAGCAAGAAAACUGAACUAUAGCUGGGCUAUCUAUCGUCUGCAUUAAUAUGACUGUGUAGGCUGGUUAGUUUGGAUUAAUAAACAUACAGUUUUAUUACAUGUCU